AUGAUGGACCAAGCCGGCAUCCUGAGAAAGUUUAUCCAGGACGUGAAAGACAUGACCGACGGGGACGACGACAGGGGAGAGGACAACUUCGGCAGCGACUUUAUGCGGCUGCGGCGGCUAUCCACAAAAUACCGCACGGAGAAGAUCUACCCGACCAACAUAGGCGAGCGAGAAGAAAAUGUCAAGAAGAACCGAUACAAGGACAUACUGCCGUUUGAUCACACUCGGGUGAAGCUGACAUUAAAAACAACCAAUCAGGAUACAGAUUACAUCAAUGCCAAUUUCAUCAAGGGCAUGGAUGGCCCAGAGGCCUAUAUAGCAACUCAGGGUCCUCUACCCAACACUGUGGUAGACUUCUGGAGGAUGAACUGGGAAUACAAUGUAGCUGUUAUUGUGAUGGCCUGUCGAGAGUUUGAGAUGGGAAGGAAAAAAUGCGAGCGGUAUUUCCCGCUGUUCGGGGAGCCCAUGAGUUUCGGGCCAUUCCGAAUCUCGUGUGAAUCUGAGCAGACCAGGACGGACUACUCUAUCCGUACACUUGUAGUGGAGUAUGAGAAUGAAACACGGAGGAUCACCCAGUUUCAUUACAUUAACUGGCCCGAUCAUGACGUCCCUUCGUCGUUUGAUUCCAUCCUGGACAUGAUCGGACUCAUGAGAGAAUACCAAGAAAAUGACGACGUCCCCAUAUGUGUGCAUUGCAGUGCUGGCUGUGGGAGGACAGGAGCCAUCUGUGCCAUUGAUUACACAUGGAAUCUUCUCAAAGCUGGGAAAAUCCCAGAAGAUUUCAACGUUUUCCAGUUGAUCCAAGAAAUGAGAACGCAGCGACACUCGGCUGUUCAGACUAAGGAGCAGUACGAGUUAGUCCACAGAGCGAUAGCGCAGCUCUUCCAGAAGCAACUGCAGCUACUGGAGAGCCCCACAAACGUGCAGAUCCACGAUGUCACGGACGAAAGCAGUCCGGACAAAGCAGGCCAUCAAUCAGAUGAUGAGCGAUGGGACACCCCGCCUCCUAAACCACCUCGUAUUCGCAGUACCCAGGUGGAAGGCGACGUCAAAGAGGAGAUACUUCAACCCCCCGAGCCUCACCCCGUGCCCCCUAUACUGACCCCGUCGCCCCCGUCGGCUUUCCCCACCGUCACAAACGUCCGUCAGGAUAAUGACCGCUACCAUCCCAAGCCUGUCAUACACGUCCUGGUCACCGCGCAGCAGAACGUCACUCAGAAUGAAGGCACCGAAAAACAGAAGAACCAGUCUGAAGAAAAUCCCAAAACGCACACCAGUCCAUCAGAAUCCAAAGACCAAAAUCUCUGUCAAAAGCAGCAGAUGUCCAAUCUGGAUCUCAACGAAAACUACAACAACAAACUAUCCGCAGCAACGGCGAAGUCCGAAAGCAUGACUCCUCCCAUGCCGAUAUCCCCCACGGCCGAUUGCUGCGUGGCGCCACGCAUCGAGAGGAAGUUAAGCAUCGAGAUUAAAAAGGUGCCUUUGCAGGAAGGACCUCGUAGUUUCGAGACGUCCUCCUCCGGGAGCGCGUCCGGCGGUUGUCCGGCCAAUAGCGGCAGCCCGCUGCAAAGAUGUCACGCCUUCAAGGCCCGCUCCGGACAGCCGCUACUCACGUCCAGCUCCUCGCUGUCCGAGGACUCCGGCACGGAGGGCGGAGUUGGCGGGGAGAACCAAGGAGACGGCGGCGUCCUCGCCAGACCCAACCACCUCCCCGUGAAGAGCGACUGCGGGGAAAGAGCGGCGCUAAAGGCCAGACACGCCAUACGGACGCAACACUGCGCCAGCCCUGACAAACCUUACCCAAAGACCUCCUCCUCUUCGUCGUCCUCCGAUCGAGUCGCCCCGUCCUCCUCGUCUUCCUCGCACCUCUCCUCCUCCUCGUCAUCCUCCUCCUCCACACCAGUUCGGACUGCGCUGAGCUUCACCAACCCGCUACACUCCGACAACUCCGACGAAGAAGGCGACGGGGAGAUGUCGUCGGGCAGGGAGGGUCAUCACACCAGCGUUUCCACGGCCACAGUCACUUCCCUUCACUUUGGAGAGAACCAGCUGAUACGGAAGGUGUCCCCUAUGUCCAUCGCGGGGCAGAGCUCCUCUUCACCCACUGCAGCCACAGCAAACAGCUGGGACAGCGAUGACUCCCCUCCCCCUCUCCCAGAGAGGACUCCCGAGUCCUUCAUACUGGCCACAGACCCUCUGGAUGUCAGGACGCCCGCCACAGCUGAGUGGAGCGGUUCACACAAAGAUUUUUCGACAUCUGACCCUCAAUCUUCUAGCACCACAGCAGCCAACAGCAAGGCAGAGCUGAGUGGGAGGAUAGAGGCUCAUCCAUUCAGAACAAGGAACGGCAUUGUCCUCCUCAGCUCGCUGAUGUUCCAAGACGCUGACAUGGGUUCCGUCUGCUUUUUCCCCCCGUUUAGUUCAAAGCAAAUAAGGACCACAAUCUUCUCUUGA